ACCCGCCGCCAUGUGACCCGCGCGGGGCGGGGCCGCCAGCGCCUUCUCCGCAGCCGCCGCGGGAGGUGUCCGCGACAAGAUGAAGCUCAUCAUCCUGGACCACUAUUCUCAGGCCAGCGAGUGGGCCGCCAAAUACAUCAGGAAUCGCAUCAUCCAGUUUAAUCCAGGGCCAGACAAGUACUUCACCCUGGGGCUCCCUACUGGGAGCACCCCACUUGGCUGCUACAAGAAGCUCAUUGAGUACUAUAAGAAUGGAGACCUGUCCUUCAAAUACGUCAAGACCUUCAACAUGGACGAGUAUGUGGGCCUUCCUCGAGACCACCCGGAGAGUUACCAUUCUUUCAUGUGGAACAACUUCUUCAAGCACAUUGACAUUCACCCAGAAAACACCCACAUUCUGGAUGGGAAUGCAGCUGACCUGCAGGCUGAGUGUGACGCCUUUGAAGAGAAGAUCAAGGCUGCGGGCGGGAUUGAGCUGUUUGUUGGAGGCAUUGGCCCUGACGGACACAUUGCCUUCAACGAGCCGGGCUCCAGUCUGGUGUCCAGGACCCGUGUGAAGACGCUGGCCAUGGACACCAUCCUGGCCAAUGCCCGGUUCUUCAACGGGGAUCUUGCCAAGGUGCCCACCAUGGCCCUGACGGUGGGCGUGGGCACUGUCAUGGAUGCUAGAGAGGUGAUGAUCCUCAUCACAGGUGCUCACAAGGCGUUUGCUCUGUACAAGGCCAUCGAGGAGGGAGUGAACCACAUGUGGACUGUGUCUGCCUUCCAGCAGCAUCCCUGCACGGUGUUUGUGUGUGACGAGGAUGCCACCCUGGAGCUGAAAGUGAAGACCGUCAAGUAUUUCAGAGGUUUAAUGCUUGUUCAUAACAAGUUGGUGGACCCCUUGUACAGUAUCAAAGAGAAAGAAACAGAGAAAAGCCAGUCUUCCAAGAAACCAUACAGUGAUUAGCCUGUGCUAAUCCUAGUGUCAAGUACCUCAUUGGGACAGGUCGGUCUCUCUGGAAAUUGUCUUUAGGAGGACAGAAUUGUAUUUCUUUAAUCCAGUAUGGUUACUCCAGAUAAAUGGGUGAACUUACUGUUCUUGGCUAUGCAGUGUGGAGCCUAGUCAUAGAGUUUAGCUACAGGGAGAAUGACUUAACUCUUAAUCAGAAAAAAAAAAAAUCACUCCAUAAUUUGGAUGUCUGCCCCAGACAGAUUAGGCGUUUUAACUUUUUGUUCUGCCUCUGACACUGUUCACGUGUACAACACACUCCCGUGAGGAAUUUCUAUUAUUACAUGCACUGAUUCUCAAUUGGGAGGGAGUUAAGGGCUGUGUAUAUCGGACAAAACCGUUUUGGAGUGGCUUGAGAGCCCCUCUUGAGCAGGCCUGCCCCUUAUCUGAGAAUCACUUCUUAAUAAGGAACAAACUCUCUCAGUGUCUACA